AUGAGAAUCGCUGAUCUGCUCAUAUCUACUGUUGCAGUCUUCAUCAUCAGCAUGAUCUCUCGAGUCGCUGCUGCGAUGGUUACCGCAGAGAAUGUCUUUCGUCUGGCUGGCCUCGGCAGUCUCAUUGCUGGGCGACACUCUCAAGUCGAUGCAGAUGCCGGUGAACGCGACACCAAGCCCUUGAAGGAGGCUUGGGGCCUGCGCUCGGGAGUCUACACCCCCCGCCAGCUAGUAGAAGGCUUCGCUCCUCUUCUUGACACCGUCGUUUUUCAUUUAGGAAUUGACCCAACUGGCUCGAAGCCUGCACGUACCCGACUGUUAGACAACGUCGCUGCCAACCUAGCUACCGACAGUCGCGAGAGUACCCUCCGACUCGUGGAGCCCCUCGAUAUCUCACGGCGAGAAAUGAAAGACCAGGCGAAUCGCAUUGGCAAGACCCUCGUGCAAUGGGCACGCGAAUCCAGCCCCAAUUCAUUCGAUCCGGAAAUGUACCUGCGCAGCCCUUGCGAAGGUCACCUUCUUCUUCCAUCGAACGUUGACCUGAUGUUUGGCGAUCGAGCUGCACCCCAUCUAAUGCAGCUCUUCAACGAAUACAUGCAUCAGAUGGUUUUGCUGCGCGAUGCCCUGUUGCCAUUCCAGAAUUACCAGGACGUGCUCAUCCCUGUGGAUCGCCAGGCAAGAGGCAUCCGCCACCUUGAAUCCGCGAGAAGCCAGUUUCUCGCGGAGCUUUUGACCAAACACACCACCCAGAAAGGCAUCAUUGCCUAUGCCAAAGCUCUACUUGCUCCUGGAUUGCUUCACAAUGGUGCCGCCGGAUAUGGGUUCCAGUAUGCGCAUGGUACCGUUCUACCCGCUUUUCUGGCUGGCGGUCCAACUCCAUUACACUUGCUUCAGUAUUUACCGACCAAGAUUGACGAAUCUGUAACGGAGGUUCUAUUCGAGUACAAGUUUCAGGAUUAUUACUCUGCGCCUCGCGGGCAAAUUCCCAAAGGCAGCCCGACUUCUGCAUCCCUCUUGCAGAUCUACCCAGAAACCAAAUCUACCUCUGUCGAGAGCGCAGCUAUUGGCAUGUCAAAUGUCCUUAAAGUCAAUUCAUCCCAGCUCCUGAAGCUACAACUCGAGCUCAGCAACGGAAAAUGCAUCAGUGUCGAUUUAGGUCAAAUCGCUCGCGGUCACCGCUACUCAUACCUGAUUCAAAAUGCCCCAGACAAAAAUAUCACCAAGUUUACUCAAGACUACGUCGUCCAUGACCCUCUGAGUAUUCUGCAAUCUGAAAAUGGCGGCUUACUUACCGUACAAGAAGGAGGUGUGCAUGUUUUCCCCGUCGAGGACCCUCUCAUUGCGUUGGCCCUGUUGGGGAAGUUGUACCCGGAGAACGUCGUUCUGCUUCCUGCUGAUGAGACACUCUGCAGAGCAGAAACGGCUGGCAAGGGCUUUGAGCCGAAGUUUGUCGUUUGGGGUGGUUCUAAGCGUGGAGGGCUUAAGGGUGUGUUUGAAAAGUGA